AUGCACUUAAGACCCAUCAGCAUUUGGAUGAAAUUGACACCGAGAAGUAGUAAUACCAACGACGCAACUAAGACUGUGGCUUUAAAUUCGGAAUUGCCAAUAGUCGACCCGAUUUUACAGCAUCUGGAAUCAGGAAAGCCACCAACAUCUCAGCAGACUAAUGCGCCUUGUACGGCAGAGAUAACAAAACCAACCCG